AGCGUGAGAGCGGGGCGCCGCGGUUUCGGUUGGCUGAGAGAGAAGUCGCCCGCAGCCGCUGUAGAGAGCGGAGGUUCUCAGAUGCCUGAAGGGGUACCGUUUGUUGUCCAGACUCCCUAGUUUCUUUCUAAACGGGAUUUAAGUUUCUCUUAAGUGUGAGGACCGCGAAGGCUGCAGUCUCCAGGCCCAGAGACGCUCACUCCACUUCCCACCUGUGCAGCUGCUGGGACACACCCCCGCAGCCAAGGAUCGGAGGAGGGUCCAGCUCUCAGCACAGUGUCUUACAAGACAGGCAUUCUGACGGGCACAGAGACCAGGGGCAGUUGCGGCCCUGACCCCCCCCAGAGAUGUGUGUGGGAGGCUGUGGGAGGGACAACGUACACGUGGGGCCUGUCCUGCUCGCCACUUCCUCCUCCUCCCUCCCCAGUCCCCAUCCUGCCCCAGGAUGCCAGCACUCUCCCCCGCUGUUUCCUCCCAGGCCAUAAACGCCGACCUGGGACCAUGAGCUUAUACAGAGAUCGAACGCUGCACUGCACCACUGAGAUGCUGGAGGUGGAGGGGGGCCCUGCCAGCUUUAGCUCUCAGCCACCCCCCUUGCAAAACACCCUUGUCCAACAGCCUCCAUCAUCCCACCACUCUGCCUACCGCCUCCCCAACGGUCACGUCCCCGUUGAGCCACCUUGCCCUUCCCGGGUGUCGGUUCCCAAAAUGGGGGUACGAGCACGCAUUGCUGAGUGGCCCCCCCGGCGGGUGCAGUCACGAGAGUCACUGCUGGAGAAUGGGCAGAACGGGCAGCCAGGGUCAUCACUAGCACGUGGAGGCGUGGCCCGACUGCCUCGCCGGCGUUCCAAAGAUGUGGAGUUCCGGGAUGGUCUGGGUGGCAAUUCACCCUCCCCAUUCCGGGCCUUUGUGCCACUGCGCCAGCGGUCCAGCAGUGAAGUGACACUGAGUGAGCAAGAUGAAGCAGAAGCAGAAGCACGGGCAGGUUUAUUUCGUGAGUACGGAAGCACUUCAUCCAUCGAUGUGCAGGGCAUCCCCGAGCAAAGCUUCUUUGACAUGCUGAACCAGUUUCACAAGGAGCGCCCAGACCAGCGCAGCACUGCGCCUGCUCACCUAGAAGAACUUCUGCGGGCCGAGGGCACACCUGAGGCAUCGUCCUCUCAGACAUCAACCACACCCCAGCCCCUUGCCCCCACACCAAGACCUGAUGAUGGAACUCUCGGACGGGCAGAGAACAGAGUGAGGAAGAAGAGUGGUGGCACCGAAUCCUCACUCGGAACGUCAUCACUCUUCCGCAAGCUGCGUAGCUCAAGCCGGGGUGAGGCAGAGGUUGGGCGGGGUGAGGCAGAGGACAGUCGGCCGCUGGAGCCGGGCAAGCCCUGGCAGUGCCCAAAGAGCUUUGUACACUAUGAUGUGCAGAGCAUCCUGUUUGACUUACACGCUGCAGCCACCCAGCGUGCCUACGUUACCCAGCGCCGGAACACGGCCACAGGAGCCUCAGCCGCUUCAACGGUGUCACUGGCUGUUUCACGGGCCAUGGCACUGGGCGGGAUGGAGCCUGGCUUUUGCAGCACAGAGGACCUACGCUGCCAGGAGCAACCCUCCAUGCCAGGCCUCGAUCCAGGUGACUCAGUCAGCAGCAGCCAGCUCCUGCUCAGCUGCCCACACUUUCUUAAUGAGACAGGCGGCUACAGCGAACGCAAUGUCAGCUUCUUGAGUUCGUCAGGUGGCCACGGUGACAACAGUGGCUGCGCAAAGCCCGCUUUCAGCAUGCGCUGUAGCAAUGCCAGCGUGUCAGUGCUGGAGGUAUCACCAGAGCAGCAGCUGACCCGCCUGGAAAGACUUAAACACUAUAGCAUCGAGCUGGUGGACCUGGGAGCGCGCUACUACCGGGACUACUUCCAUGGCCGAGAACACUCAAACUACUUUGGGACAGACGACAAACUGGGUCCGGUGGCGGUGAGCAUCCGGAGGGAGAAGCUGGACGACACCAAGGACCUCAAGGACCAAUAUCAAUAUCGCGUCAUUUUGCGUACCUGUGAGCUGGUGACACUACGGGGAUCCAUCCUGGAGGAUGCAGUGCCCUCGACGGCACGACACAGCACGGUGCGGGGGCUGCCGUUGAAGGAGGUGCUGGAGUACAUAGCGCCUGAGUUGAAUGUGUCUUGCCUGCGCUUGGCCCUCAGCACACCCAAGGUCACAGAGCAGCUGCUUAAACUGGAUGAGCAGGGGCUGAGUCAGAAACAUAAGGUGGGCAUCCUGCUGUGCCGUGCAGGUCAGAGCACAGAGGAAGAGAUGUAUAACAACGAGGAGGCCACGCCUGCUUUUCAUGCCUUCUUGGAUCUCUUAGGAGAGCAGGUGUCCCUGCGAGGCUUCACCAAGUAUGCCGCACAGCUGGACACUAAAACGGAUUCAACUGGGACACACUCCCUCUACACCACCUACCAAGAUUAUGAGAUCAUGUUUCACGUCUCCACCAUGCUGCCCUACAUGCCCAACAACCCCCAACAGCUCCUGAGGAAGAGGCACAUUGGGAACGACAUUGUCACCAUCAUCUUCCAGGAGCCUGGAGCACUUCCCUUCACCCCACAAAACAUCCGCUCUCAUUUUCAGCAUGUUUUCGUGAUUGUGCGUGUGCACAACCCUUGUUCUGACAACGUCUGCUACAGUGUGGCAGUGACACGCAUGAAGGAUGUACCUCCAUUUGGACCACCCAUUCCUAGUGGAGUGACUUUCCGUGAUCCAGAAGUGUUUCGAGACUUCCUGCUGGCCAAGGUUAUCAAUGCAGAGAACGCGGCACACAAGUCAGAGAAAUUCCACACAAUGGCCACGCGCACACGGCAGGAAUACUUGCGUGACCUGGCUGAGAACUGUGUGAGCAACACGCCGCUGGACUCAGCUGGCAAGCUCAAUAAUCUAAUCUCCCUUGCCUCCAAGAAGCGGGAGCGGGCACGAGCCCGUGAGGGGGCAGAGUUGGGUGCAGCGGGUGCAGUGGCCUGGCGUGUCUGGGCCCAGGACUUCAGUGGAGGUGGGGUAGAGCUAGCCUGCAUGCUAGGCAUUUCUGCAGAGUACGUCUUGCUGGUCGACUGUACCACCAAGGAAGUGGUGUUCAACUGCUUCUGUGCUGACGUCAUUGGCUGGACCCCAGACCGGGUAGCCAUAAAGAUCUUCUAUGGUCGGGGGGACCACAUCGCUGUAAGGGUUCCCGAAAGCCGUGCCCAGGACAUCCGAGAAGUUGUUCGUCGGCUUAAGACACUGACUGUGGGAUGUGAGACAGUGGACAUGACUCUGCGUCGUAAUGGCCUGGGGCAGCUUGGUUUUCACGUACGCUUGGACGGCACUGUGGCAGAGGUGGAAGAGUAUGGCUUCGCCUGGCAGGCAGGGCUGCGGCAGGGCAGUCGGCUGGUGGAGAUCUGCAAAGUGGCCGCUGUCACGCUCUCCCAUGAGCAGAUGAUCGACCUUCUUCGCACCUCCGUCACGGUCAAGGUGGUCAUCAUCCCGCCGUACGACGAGGGUGGCCCACGCAGGGGUUGUACGGAGGAAUACGAAAUGAAGACCAUGGAGGCAAAGCCAGAGCCAGAGCCACUGGCGGCAGGGUACCGGCCUUCUCAUCGUGCACCUGCCUGGCGUUGGGACAGUCCGCCUACUGCCCUCAGUGCCCCACCACCCCAGCGCUGGACCCCAGUGGGACCUCCACAGCCCAUUCCCCGGACCCACAAAGCACUGGCACCCAUCCCAUACAGAGAGCCACAGCACCUGUCUAGCAAGAGGCCAGUGAGCUUCCCUGAGAACCAUUACAGCCUGGCUCCUGCAGGGGGCGACAGAGUGGUUCCCUACCGCAACCCCUCUGCCAGUUUCUCUACCCCUGGCUCUGGGCUCACCGCUGCUGGGUUAGUUGGCCCUGUUGUGGGGGGGCCUUUUGUGCGGUACAAGCCCUCACCUGACAGGUACAGCACCCCACAGCGCCCCCUCGUGGGCUAUGAACCGCAUUUGAACCUCGACAUGACAUCAAGUGGGGAUUCAUCCUCUGGGUUUGCCAGCCAGGACAGCACCAUAGAGAGGGUCAAGACAGAGCCCCUGUGGCAUGUGCCAGCAUCAUCUCGGGGACCCCCGUUAGGUGGAGGCGGGACACAGAAGCGCCCGGGCCGACAGGACCCUCAGGGGAAGGACUCUCCCAACCGGCACUCAAAGAGUGAGGCCCAGUACUCAAGCCAUUCCAGCAGUAACACACUCUCCAGCAAUGCCUCCAGCAGUCACAGUGAUGAGCGCUGGUUUGAUGGAGGAGGGGGUGCUGGUGCAGGUGGACUGAGUGACCCUGCUGAACCCGACCUGGACCUUGUCAAGGGAGGCUCCAGUGACAGCGGCAUCGAUGCCUCCACCCUUUAUGCUUCCAGUCCUAAUACAAAGCCUACAAAGCCAAGCCGCACCCACCCCGGGACCCCUCCAAAGCCCUUGCACAACUCGGCAACCUAUAGCGGUCUCCAAGAGCUGACUGGUCGGAGUGGAGAUGCCCGGAGGAGGGAGUCGUCCCCUGCCCUCGCAGUACCUUCUGGCCAGAGCAAGACCUACCGCACACGGACCUUCCCCCCUCCUGGAGCCAGUGCUGACACAUUCAAACCCAGGGCCUGCUACACUCCUCAAGGGUACAAGACCCCAUCAGCGGAGCAGUCACGCCCUGUGCGGGCCACCACAGUCACACCUACACUCAGUGUGUCCCAAGGGUCCAACUCAGCCUCCAAGUCAUCGUUUGGCAAAAGCAAACACGGAACUUGGCAGCACCGCGAGGAUUCUAGCAUCACCACGGGGACGGGAACCAGCACAUCCACUGCCAGUAGCUCAGACAGCAACAGCAGCAAGAAGCAGGUGGAUACCAACUCAAAGAACGUGUUUGGCCAGCCACGCCUGCGUGCCUCGCUGAGGGAUCUCCGUUCACCUCGCCGUGCUCACAAGAGCACUAUUGAGGAUGACUUGAAGAAGCUCAUCAUUAUGGACAACCCAGGAGAGGCAGUGCACAGGGAUGCGUCCCCUCGACGCACUCUCCAGCGCACUUUCUCGGAUGAGAGCCUCUGCAGCGGUCGGAGAGAUGCCAGCUUUGCAACCACCCCACUGUUCGACACCCCUGCCACUCCUAGUGACCUGCUCUUCACCUGUACGCUACCCACCCGGCGGCAUGCCCACGGCUCGUCUCAUACCUCCAUGAUCUCCAGUAAGAAGGUGCCGAUCUCCACCUCAGAACUGUCCUUGACGGAAGUUCGAGACAAGGUGCCCCCUUUGCGCCGCCUCGACCCUGGACUCAUGCCCCUCCCAGACACAGCCUGUGGCCUGGAGUGGUCAAGCUUGGUCAAUGCUGCCAAGGCUUACGAAGUGCAGAGGGCAGUGUCCCUCUUUUCCCUCAGCGAGUCGCAGAUAGGGGGUCCAGAGCUACGACUUGCUCCAAGCCCAGUGCACUUCCACACCCCUCAGACUCCCCGUACCACCCCUACAUUCAGUGAUGAGGUUGCCAGUGACCUUUCUGGGAGGCUGUACCACUUGGAGGUGAUGUUGAAGCAGCUCAACAGUGACCUGGAGAAGGAGAAACAGGACAAAGUGGCCCUACUGGCAGAGAUGGCCAAUCUGCGGGAGAACAACCAGCGUCUGCAGGAGGAGUCCCUCUCGGCCAGUGAGCAGUUGCGGAAGUUCAGUGAGAUGUUAACUGCCCAGGGGGAGAGGAAGUAAUUCCAGGUCCGAAAGGCCAUGCUCCUGCAGCAGCCCUGCCGUGCCUACCCAGUCUGGGUUGU